AUGGAGGUCUCUGUUAAUCCCGUGGCUCAGGCCGCAAUCCAUGUACCACAACAUAACCUGUCUCGGAAGCGUGAACAGAUUGCUGGGCCGUCGGGCUUCAAAGGCUUAAUCAGCAAUCAAAAAACCUUCCUCAUCGGUCUUUUCGCAUCUUUGGGCGGUCUUGUCUAUGGAUACAACCAGGGAAUGUUCGCGCAGGUGUUAACCAUGACUUCUUUCGUUAACAGGACACAAGGUUACGCUGCUUCCACCGGUAUCGGCCAGGGUCUUUUGACGUCAAUUCUGGAAUUGGGUGCUUGGGUUGGAACCCUCUUCAACGGUUAUCUGGCUGAUUCCGCCGGGCGACGCGCUACCGUCUGUAUUGCUAUUGUCGUUUUCACCGUUGGUGUCAUUGUGCAGGCUUGCACCGAGAACAAGGACUACGUGUUCGGAGGUCGUUUCGUGACUGGUCUGGGAAUCGGCAGCUUGAGUAUGAUUGUGCCUUUGUACAACGCCGAACUGGCACCUCCAGAAAUUCGUGGCUCGCUUGUAGCUGUCCAGCAGCUCUCGAUUACUUUUGGAAUUAUGAUCAGCUUUUGGAUUGGAUACGGCACCAACUAUAUCGGAGGUACGGGAGAAGGUCAAUCUGACGCUGCGUGGCUUAUCCCUAUCUGUAUCCAGAUCCUUCCAGGUUUAGUUCUUGCAGCCGGAAUGCUUUUGUUCAUGCCCCAGUCACCGCGACACUUGAUGAACAAGGGCCGCGAGGAUGAGUGUUUGGCUACAUUGGCUCGACUUCGCGGUCGCCCGCAGGAUGAUGUUCUGGUGCGCGUCGAGUUUCUUGAAAUCAAAGCUCUUCGUAUGUUCGAGGUUGAGACGUCCGCUCGCAAAUAUCCUCAAUACCAAGAUGGCUCCGCGAAAAGCAAUUUCAUGAUUGCCUUGAGCGAUUACACAAGUCUCAUAACCAACAAAUCCCUAUUCAAGCGAGUGACAGUUGCUGUAUGUAUUAAUCUGGUCCAGUUCUACGUGGUGCAAAAGAGUCUAACCAACAGUUCAAAGUGCCUCAUCAUGACCUUCCAGCAAUGGAAUGGAAUCAACGCCAUUAACUACUAUGCUCCUUUCAUUUUUGAGGAUAUGGGUCUCUCCGGCAAUUCUGUUAAUUUGCUAGCGACUGGAGUCGUCGGCGUCGUGGAGUUCCUUUUCACAAUUCCUGCUGUCUUGUGGGUUGACCAGAUCGGACGCAAGAAGACUUUGAUUGCUGGCGCUAUUGGUAUGGCCAUUUGCCACUUCAUUGUUGCUGGUAUUAUUGGAAGCUACACAAAUGAAUGGGCCAGUCAUCGCGCAGCUGGUUGGGCUGCUGUCGUUUUCGUCUGGAUCUACACAAUUAACUUUGCCUACUCCUGGGGGCCGUGUGCUUGGAUUGUGGUGUCUGAAGUCUUCCCUUUGAGCAUGCGUGCAAAGGGUGUGUCCAUUGGCGGCAGUGCAAACUGGCUCAACAACUUUGCUGUUGCAAUCUCCACAUCACCAUUUAUUUCCGCUUCCAGCUACGGUGCUUUCAUCUUCUUUGGUCUGAUUACCACGAUCGGAGCACUGUAUGUGUAUUUCUUGGUCCCCGAGACGAAAGGCCGUACUUUGGAAGAGAUGGACGAGAUCUUUGGCUCGACUGGUAUUGCCGCUGAGGAUGCCGUGACAAAGCUGCGCAUUGAACGAGAAAUCGGACUACUUGCUCUGCUUGGUGAGGAGGCACCGGUUCAAGAGAAAGUCGAUUUGCAGGUAUCUACAGAGGUGGAGGAGAAGGUCGCAGAGUAA